AUGGUCCCCCUUGGUGGUGCCAGCUCUGCUGUGGUGACACAUGGCCACCUCUGCUCAGCCUCAGCAGGAGCAAUGCUGCCUUACCGGAGAGAGAGCCCAGCCCUGCCCCGCUGCCCAGUGCGGGGUGGAAUGGUGGUUCACGGGCCCCAGUUUGCCUACUGCCCCAGCCCCCAAGCUCUGCACCGGCUGCCGGGUGCCCACGCCUGUCCCUUCGCUGUCAGCGCGGUGCCCUGCCCUGACCACGGCUUCCCCUGCCCCGGCUCCCCGGGGCGCCUGCGCGAGGGCAGGGAGCGGUACGAGCUGGAGGCACUGCCCUGGCAGGGGACCCUGGUGGGCUUGGAUGAGCUGCAGAAGCCAGAACUGGGGUGCUGGGUCAGGGUCCAGUCCAUCUGUGUCUCCCUUCUCAAGGUGCCUCUGAUGUUUGGGUUCCUGUACCUCUUUGUGUGCUCCUUGGAUGUGCUCAGCUCUGCUUUCCAGCUGGCUGGAGGCAAAGUGGCCGGUGACAUCUUCAAGGACAACGCCAUCCUCUCCAACCCUGUGGCUGGGCUGGUGGUGGGCAUCCUGGUGACUGUGCUGGUGCAGAGCUCCUCCACCUCCACCUCCAUCAUUGUCAGCAUGGUCUCCUCAGGGCUGCUGGAGGUGCGCUCUGCCAUCCCCAUCAUCAUGGGCUCCAACAUCGGCACCUCUGUCACCAACACCAUUGUGGCCCUCAUGCAAGCUGGUGACCGCAGUGAGUUCAAACGGGCCUUUGCUGGUGCCACAGUGCAUGACUGCUUCAACUGGCUGUCAGUGCUGGUCCUCCUGCCACUGGAGGUGGCGAGCGGGUACCUGCACCAUGUCACCCGCUUGGUCGUGGCCACCUUCAACAUCCGUAGUGGGAAGGAUGCCCCUGACCUGCUGAAGAUCAUCACAGAGCCCUUCACCAAGCUCAUCAUCCAGCUGGACAAGUCAGUGAUCACUGGGAUUGCAACGGGGGACGAGAGCCUGCGCAACCGCAGCCUUAUCCGUGUCUGGUGUGGCCCUGCUCUCCCACAGAUGGCCGCUGUGGGGCUUGGUUCCCCCCCAAACUGCACAUCCCCUGGCCACUGCAGCACUAAAGGCAUCGAGAUCCUCCACAACGUCUCCAGGCAGAAGUGUGAGCACCUCUUCACGGACACGCCGCUGCCCGACCUGGCCGUGGGGCUGGUGCUGCUGGCUGGGUCCCUUGUCGUGCUCUGCACCUGCCUCAUCCUCCUGGUCAAACUCCUCAACUCCCUGCUUAAGGGACAGGUGGCCAAAGCCAUCCAGAAGGUCAUCAACACUGACCUCCCGCACCCACUCAGCUGGCUCACUGGGUACUUCGCCAUGGUGGUGGGUGCUGGCAUGACCUUCGUGGUGCAGAGCAGCUCUGUCUUCACCUCGGCCAUCACACCUCUGAUUGGCCUGGGUGUGAUCAGCAUAGAGCGUGCCUACCCGCUGACCCUGGGCUCCAACAUUGGCACCACCACCACUGCCAUCCUGGCCGCCCUGGCCAGCCCUGGGGACAAGCUGGCCAGCUCCUUCCAGAUUGCCCUCUGCCACUUCUUCUUCAACAUCUCGGGCAUCCUGCUGUGGUACCCGCUGCCCUUCACGCGCCUGCCCAUCCGCAUGGCCAAGGCGCUGGGCGAGCGCACGGCCAAGUACCGCUGGUUCGCUGUGCUGUACCUCAUCGUCUGCUUCCUCCUGCUGCCCUCCCUCAUCUUCGGCAUCUCCAUGGCAGGCUGGCAGGUGCUGGUGGGGGUGGGCGCACCCUUCCUCAGCCUCCUCUUCUUCGUGGGGCUGGUAAACGUGCUGCAGGCACGCAGCCCUGGCCGCCUGCCCAAAUGGCUGCAGACUUGGGACUUCCUCCCCGCCUGGAUGCACUCCCUGCAGCCCCUCGACCAGGUCAUCACCCGGGCCACCCUCUGCUGCACCGACCGCUGCCGCAGCCCCGAGGGCUGGGAGGAACGUGAAGGUCCUCCCUGCGACAAGGCCAGGCUGGGGCUGGACAAUCCCGUGCUCUCCUACCCCGAGGAGGUGCCCAGCCCUGCCAUCCGGAUGGGCUCCCCUCGCCCACCCCUGCAUGGUGCCACCCGGCUCUAG